CUCUAACAUGUAACCCCGACGAGGGUCUGUCCAGCUUCUCGGCUACGCCUCCCUCCCCUUCGGAAUAAACAGAUAGAGCUACUUUUUCUUCAAAAGGGAAAGGGGUCAACUCGCAAAUCCUAUUUAUAGUUUUGGGGCCGAGAUUUGAUUGCCGACCGCAAGAGAGAGGAGGAGGAGCGGCGAUAAUGUCAGGCAUAGCGCGUGGAAGAUUGACGGAGGAGAGGAAGUCAUGGCGAAAGAAUCAUCCUCAUGGUUUUGUGGCGAAGCCCGAGACCCUACCGGAUGGCUCGGUGAAUCUCAUGGUCUGGCACUGCACGAUCCCUGGGAAGCAAGGGACCGACUGGGAAGGUGGUUACUUCCCACUUACACUUCACUUCAGUGAGGACUACCCCAGCAAACCACCAAAGUGCAAGUUCCCCCAAGGUUUCUUCCACCCAAACGUCUACCCUUCUGGAACUGUAUGCUUGUCGAUUCUGAACGAGGACAGUGGAUGGAGGCCGGCCAUCACUGUCAAGCAGAUUCUUGUCGGGAUACAAGAUUUGCUGGAUCAGCCAAAUCCUGCUGAUCCUGCCCAGACUGAUGGUUACCACCUCUUUAUACAGGAACCAACAGAAUACAAGAGAAGAGUCAGGCAACAGUCCAAGCAGUACCCACCUCUUAUUUAAUUGUUUAUUGCAUGUCUUUAUCUGACUAAGCUGCAACUUUCUUCAAACACUAAAAACAUCUCGUUUGCGUGUGCAUGUGUCUCUUCUCAAUUGUGAGUGCAAUACAUCUGAUACAUGACAGAAACAUCGUUGCAACUGUUCAAUCAAAAACUGGCUUCCUGGUUAACAAACACUUGUUUAUAAGAUGGGAGUCUAAUGUUUUGUGAAUUUCUUUGAUAAUGAAAUGUCUUGGUCCUUAUUUACUUUCA